AUGUCAGCCGCAACACCUAAUUCAGAAACUGGAGGAAAGAAACAACCACCCGUCAUUCUUUGUAUUGGCAUGGCUGGUUCUGGAAAGACUACAUUUAUGCAGAGAAUUAAUGCUCAUCUUCACGAGAAGAAGACACCUCCAUACGUGUUAAAUCUUGAUCCUGCAGUUUCUUCUCUUCCUUUCACUGCAAAUAUCGAUAUCCGUGACACUGUCAAUUACAAGGAAGUCAUGAAGCAAUAUAACCUUGGUCCUAACGGUGGUAUCUUGACCAGUCUCAACUUAUUUACCACUAAAUUCGAUCAAGUCCUCAAUUUGGUUGCUAAGCGUUCCGAAAGUGUCAGUCAUAUUUUGGUAGAUACACCUGGACAAAUCGAGAUUUUUACAUGGUCAGCCUCAGGUGCCAUCAUCACUGACACUUUAGCGGCCACCUACCCUACGAUGAUUGCAUACAUUAUUGACACACCUCGUACCACUUCACCCGCAACCUUUAUGAGCAACAUGCUUUACGCCUGUAGUAUUCUCUACAAGACCAAAUUACCCUUCAUCCUCGUAUUCAACAAGACAGAUGUUGUCUCCCACGAUUUCGCAGUUGAAUGGAUGACCGAUUUCGAAAAGUUUCAAUUGGCUCUCAGUCAAGAUACCACCUACAUGAGCAGUUUGAUGUCUUCCAUGAGUCUUGUUUUGGAUGAAUUCUAUAACCACCUCAAGGUCGUCGGUGUCUCUGCCGUCACUGGUGCAGGUAUCGAUGAUUUCUUCAAGGCUGUGGACGAGGCUGCUGAAGAAUACGAGGUCGAAUACAAGCCAGAGAUCGAGAGAAUGAUUCGUGAGAAAUUGGCCAAGGAGGAAAAGAAUCGUGAAAAACAAUUGAGUAAAUUAAUGAAGGAUAUGAAUGUAGCCAAGGGUUCUGAAGUGCCAUUGAAUGGUCGUAAGUUGAUAUUGUAA